GGGGGCGGGGCCUGAGUAGGGUAGCUGCGGGGGAGCGGGGAGAGGCCUCUAGGGCCGCGGCCGCCCAAGCGUGAUCUUCGCCGGCUGGUCAGGCCCCGGGGUGCUUCCCCUCCCUGUUCCUCAGAGCCGUGGGUCCUCGGCCUCUCCCCCAGGCACGGACUCUGGUGGUCGCGGUGGAGGAGGACGUUUGCACAGCUCCCCGGCGGGCCGCUGCUGUGCCCGAACCGGGGACCGCCGCCUCCCCGGAACGCGUGGGGCCGGUAUGGAGCUCUUCCAAGCCAAGGACCACUACAUCCUGCAGCAGGGAGAGCGCGCACUGUGGUGCAGCCGGCACGACGGCGGCCUGCAGCUCCGACCGGCUACUGAUCUGCUUCUUGCCUGGAACCCGAUUUGUCUGGGAUUGGUAGAAGGAGUUAUUGGGAAAAUUCAGCUUCAUUCAGAUCUUCCAUGGUGGCUUAUUCUAAUUCGGCAGAAAGCACUGGUGGGCAAACUCCCAGGAGACCAUGAGGUCUGUAAAGUCACCAAAAUUGCUGUAUUGUCACUUUCUGAAAUGGAGCCGCAGGAGCUUGAACUGGAGCUCUGUAAGAAGCAUCAUUUUGGAAUUAACAAGCCGGAGAAGAUUAUACCAUCUCCUGAUGACUCCAAGUUUCUACUGAAGACAUUGACACACAUCAAAUCCAACGUGUCUGCUCCUAACAAAAAAAAAGUUAAGGAAAGUAAAGAGAAGGAGAAGUUGGAGAGGCGGUUACUUGAGGAGCUGCUGAAGAUGUUCAUGGACUCAGAGUCUUUCUAUUAUAGCUUGACCUAUGACCUGACCAACUCUGUGCAGAGGCAGAGCACCGGGGAGAGCGAUGGCCGUCCCCUCUGGAAGAAGGUUGAUGACCGAUUCUUUUGGAAUAAGUACAUGAUCCAAGAUCUCACUGAGAUUGGUACUCCGGAUGUGGACUUUUGGAUCAUCCCCAUUAUCCAGGGUUUUGUGCAGAUUGAAGAACUUGUGGUUAAUUACAGCGAGUCAUCCGAUGACGAGAAGAGCAGCCCAGAGACCCCCCUUCAGGAGCCCACCUGUGUGGAUGACGUCCACCCACGGUUUCUGGUGGCGCUCAUAUCUCGCAGGAGUCGGCACAGAGCCGGAAUGCGCUAUAAACGAAGAGGAGUGGAUAAAAAUGGAAAUGUUGCAAAUUAUGUGGAGACUGAGCAGUUAAUUCAUGUUCAUAACCAUACUCUGUCAUUCAUUCAAACUCGAGGCUCUGUGCCGGUCUUUUGGAGCCAGGUUGGGUAUCGCUAUAAUCCAAGACCUCGACUGGACAAAAGUGAGAAGGAAACGGUUGACUGUUUCUGUGCCCAUUUUGAAGAACAGCUGAAAAUUUACAAAAAACAGGAAUGAUGGUGGCGCCUGUUGCCUCGGGUUGUUUGGAGGAGGCGGAUUAGAUGCUGUGGGCCGUUGCAGACUAAGCUAGGCAUCUCAGUGCCGUGCCCUGCUGGAGGGAUGGUUGACUUAUGUCUUCCUGCAUUUCUCUUCUCUGUCCACAUGCUCACACGUGGAAAUGCAAUUCAGUCAAGCAGAAUGGCUUGAAAAGCACUAAAUGGAAAGCAAGUUCAAUAAUUUUGAUACAUGAUUAAGAUAUGAAAGUCAGUAAUGCUCUUGUCUAUUAGGGAUGACCAAUCUGACUGUGUCAUAGUCAUAAAAUGACAUAGGAGCCAUUUUAAAUGGCCAGCCUGGUCUAUAUACAGAGUUCCAGGCCAGCUAGCCAGGCAAUGUAGUGAGAUCUUGUCUCAAAGAAAAAAGCAAACCAACAACAAGCAAACAAACAAACAAAACUCAGGAAAGCAGAAUACCGCAUGAAAGGAAAGAAAAUCCGGAGUUCCCGGUUCGUGGACAGAAAGACUCAGUAGUGAAUGACUUCAGCUCUUCCCAAAUUAGUGUUUAGAUUUCAUGUAGUUUCAACCAUAGUCUCAUAGGGAGUAGGAAGAAAAAAAAUAGGAAGGAACAAACAAUUAUUGUUUAAUGAUCAUAUUGAAAUUUAGGUUUUAUAAUAGUUAAAGGCAAGUGUUUGCUUUUAUAAUGAAAAUUCAAAUAUUGUUAGCAGCAACGUAAGUUGGCACAGGCAUUUUGAAUGUUAUUAUUAAUUAAAAUAAAAUAUGCUGAUAUAUAUAACUAUACUUUUCUUUUUGAUACCCACUGUCCAUUUAACAUACAUAAGAACAGUUUUGAGAAAGGUCUGGAUCUGGAUGUGAAAGGUUAAGCACUGAAGAUUUCAGGGGACAGCAUAAUGUCUUUGACUUUAAGUCAUAAGCAGGAUUUACAAAAGCCGUUACCUUAUCUUUCUGUGUUUUGAUGUGUAAUUGUCUAUCACAUUUUAUUUGUCAUUUAAUAAAGGGCAAUGUCCAUCUAGGAAACAGUUAUUUUGGGGUUGGAGUUCUGGAGUCUUUGAUGGAGUUAAAGAAUAUAUAGAUACUUUUCCAAAAUAUUGUUAUAUUCAACUCUUCUAAAAUUUAACAGACAUUUAAAAUAAGUUGGAGAAAUAAAGGGGGAAAACCUUUUAUUUUCACUCCUAUAGAACCUCAUGUUAAGCGUCAUAGAAAUGCCUCCUCCAAGUUCAGAGACUGACUGUCAAUGAGAAGAAAGUGAGACUAAAGCACCACUUUUAAAUGAAAAAAAAAAAAGAAUAUAUAGAUAUAGUUUUCCUUAGUUAUGAAAAAAGAUAAAAUAGAUGUAAAUAUUGUAACUUUUACUUGAUAACUGUUUUGUUAUAUGUAAUUUUGCUAUGUUAAAGUUAAAGCCUUUCCUUUUUGUUUAAACAGAAAAAGGGGAAAUGAUGGAGGAAGGUCAUUGGUUAAGUAAUAAAGAAACUGCUUGGUCUCAUAGGUUAAAACAUAGGUGGGAGGGGUAAACAGAACAGAAUGCUGGGAGGAAGAGGAAGUGAGCUCAGAGGCCGUGCUCCCCUCUCCCAGGCAGACGCAUGAAGCUCAGACCCAGGAUGGACGUAGGCUAGAAUCUUUCCUGGUAAGACUGGUGCUACACAGAUUACUAGAGAUGGGUUGAUCGGGAUAUGAGAAUUAGCCAGUAAGGGCUAGAGCUAAUGGGCCAAGCAGUGUUUAAAAGAAUACAAUUUGUGUGUUGUUAUUUUGGGGCAUAAGCUAGCCAGGCGGCUGUGAGCCGGGGCGGCAGGAACGCAAUCCAGCCGCUCCUCUCAACAUUGGAGAGAUCCCUCAGUGAUGAAGAGAGUGUACUGCUCUGCAGAGGACCUGGGUGUUGGUCCCAGCACCCACAUCAGAUGGCUCACAACCUGUGAUUCCCCCUCCAAGAGAGAGCUGACAUCUCUGAGCUCCCUGUGCAAUUGUGUUCACAUGCACAAGCCCCACACAAACACACACAAGCACACAUAAUUUAGGAAGAAAGAGAAAGAAAGGAAGACAUGUGGUAGCACACACUUUUAAUACCAGCACUCAGGAGCUAAAGGCAAGAGGAUCUCAGUGAGUUUGAGGCCAGCCUGGUCUAUAAUAGUGAGUUCCAGUACUAAAUAGCAAAACCUUGUCUCAAUAAACAAAACCAAACCAGAAAUAAUUGUUAAAAAAAUAAAAGUAAUGACUGGGGAGAUGGCUCCAUGGGUAAAGUACACGAUGCACAAGUAUGACAUGGAGCUGGGCGUGAUCCCCAGAGCUCACGUGCAGCCAGGCACAGUGCCAUGUGUCUGUAGUCUCUGUAACAUCCAUGUGACACAUGGAUUCAUGUAGGCAAAACGCACAUAAAGUGAAUCUUUAAUGGUUAGGAUUUGGUCUUAUAUCUUACAAUGUGUUUAAAUGUCUUCUAAACCCAUUAAUGACGUACAUUCCAAAAGAAAGCUGGACAAAAGAAUUGAACAGAAUCUAUGUAAAAGGAUAGUUUACAAAGUCAUAAAAGCACGCGAGAGGUGCGUCAGCUCACUAGUCAUCCGGGAAAUGCAAAUUAAAACCAUGACUCACACACUGCAGUGGCUGAAGGAAUAAAGAUGAGAAACAUCAAAUUUGGGAAAGGAUGGAGGCAAUUAGCACUUCAAUAGGAAAACAAGUCUACAAAUGUGUUCAGUCAAGGGUGCUUAUGCUUAUGCAAGAAUACUCGCUGUGGCGUCAGAACACGGCGCAUUCAGGGAGGCAUAUGGGAUCGGAUGUGGUCAGGAAUGAUUGGUCUCACUCUGCAUUUGAGUCCCUUGAUAGUGUGAGUUGAUUCAUGCGUGAGUCAUAGUCCUAAUUGUAAGUAGCAUUAAAAAAGAAUAAACCACAUUUCAAAGUAACACAAAAUUGAGAAAAGGAGCAAUACUGAGGUGUGCAAGCCGAGGGAACAAUGUCUUCCCACACUCGUUCUCUGCUUCCUGUUGCCUCUGACAUCGAUUUCUAGGUGUGUGUACUGAGCAGACACUUCCUGGUUUCCAGCAGUAGCCUGGCAGUGUUUAUUUAUCUGUGUCCCUCUGGGUAAUUGCUCUGUGGGGUGAAGGGCCCGGGGUCAGUGUGACUCAGCCGUGGUGGCAGCAUUGCUCUUGCCUGUGACUGGUUUGGGCUGGGACUGUUUGACAGCGAUGUAUGGUGUGGGCAGAGCUUCCUGCUCUUAUAAUAAAAGGUAUCCCAGGACCUACAGUGCCCCGCGGUUGUCGCGUCUGUAUUUGAUGGAGGACUCUUACAGCUGUAUCAGGACUGUGAAUGAACCGGCAGGAUGUUUAUCCAGUGUGCUGCUAGGGAAGAAACAAUGGAGAGAGUGGCACAAUAGUGAAGGUGGAAAGAGCCAGUGCCCAGGGGCUUCUGGGAUCCCUGAAUUCAGCUCCUCUGCUUCCGGACUCGUUCUGAGAUUUGAGUCGGUGGUUUAUUUUUUGUAGCAAGAAUUACCUGACACCAGCACAUUCACAAUGGAAGCACGGUCACAAAAAACUCUGUGUGUAUUCUUUUCUGCAGUGGUCUUGUUUUAUUUAAGAUCUCUGGCUGCCAGCCUUUUCCCCAUUGACGGACCUUCAGGAAAUACUAGUACUUUUUGCUAUUGCAAGAAAUCAUCAAGCUGGGAAUGGUGGUGCAUGUCUGUAAUCCCAGAACCUGGGAGGUUGUGGAGGGGAUUCCAAGGUUUAGUUCAGCCUAGGCUACUCAGCAAGUUCAAGGUCUGGACUACUUAAAAAUUCAGUUUGAAAAAAAUAGUAAGUUGGGUGUGGUGACACACUUGUUUAAUCCAUCACUCCAGAGGCAGAGGCAGGUGGAUCUCUCUGAGUAUGAGAUCAACUUGGUCUACAUAGCACGUUCCAGGACAGCCAGUACUACAUAGUGAGACCCUUUCUCAAAAGAAAAGAAAAAAGGGAAAGAAAAGGGAAGACCAACAAAAUCAGCUGAACGAGAAUGGAGAGCUGGCAAGAUGUCCCAGAAGGCUGUCUAGAGCCCAUGUACAGUGGAGGGAGAGAACAGUCGGCAAAGCUGCUUUCUUAACUCCCCCCACCCAGCACCUCGACAUGUGCAUGCCCCCUAAUAUUAAAUAGUAAUAGUAAAUACAAUAAAACAUCUUUCAUGCUUAUUUAGGGUACACAAUACAUUUCUACACAAUACAUUUGUGAGAGCAAGUUUGUUGAAUUAAACAGUAUAUACAUUUGAAGUUGUUAUUUACCAUUCAGUUGCUUUCAGAGAUACCACACCAGGGCCAGUGAAAGUCCACAGAGCUGCCCUCUGAUCCCUGCCUUGUGCACUACGAUGUAUGUACCCAUCCACCCAUCCAACAUAAACAAUAGUAAAUUAAAAACGUUUUUAAGAGGUCAUACAACUUAUACUCCCAGAAGCAGUGUUUCUAUUUUCCUGUGUUCACCAAUGCUUUCUGUGUUUAGUACUUAAAUUUACUUGUAUGUAGGUAAAAACUUUUAUAUCUUAACAUGUGCAUUUAGCUAUUAACAGGAUUAUAGUAUCAAGCUUACUGUUUUGUUUACUUAAUUUACCUAGAUUUUUUCUUAUUCUAUUUAUGGUACUCUAUAAAUUGUUGAUUUUGUGUGGUAGUUUUUCAUGAGAGUUCCUUGGUUUUUGUUUUUUGUUUCUUGGGUUUUUUUUUUUUUUUUUUUUGACCCUUGCUUAUAAUGUCACUUAUACACAGAUUUAAAUUUUUCUGUUAUCACAUCUGUAUUUUUCUUUGUCUUCUAAAUUUUAUAUGAUGCUUAGAAGGUCAUGCUCCCACCUACAGCUGUGAAAAAUUACUCUUUUUAAAAUAUAACUUGAAGAAAAACAUGCAGGUCAUUGAUGCAUCUAGAAUUUAUUUUGUGUUUCACUAAAAAGAUGUAGGGUGCUACUGUAAUUCUCUUUUCCUUAUGGACAGUUUUCCCAGUGCCCCUGGCAUAGUCUUGUGUGCUUGUCCCCGGUGGUGUGCUUAGUAUAUCCAUCACUGCUCCGUGGACUCAGGUCUUUGGCUGCCAGCCUGUUCUCUUGAGUCGUUUGUGUGUUUGUUCUACAGGCUCGUCUGCUAUGUAGUAUACAUAGAAUUGCUGCAAAUGGGGAAAAUUCCUCUGCGUUUAUUGCUUUCCAAAUUUUUUUUCCCCAAAUAUUUACUCUUUCAGAUGAACUUUAGAAUUAACUUGUCUUGCCUAUGGAAAGAUUCUGGUUGAAUUUUGAUUGGGAUUGUUGAAUAUAUAGAUUAAUCUAGGGAGACUUGACAUCUUUGCAAUAUUGUACCUUGAGAUUCAGCAACAUGGUAGAUAUUUCCAUCUGUUCAGGUUUUCUUUUACAUAUUUCAGUAGUUUUCCAAUGUUUAGUUUGUAGAUUUUUAAAAAAUUAUUCUGCCUAUUUAAAAUACCUACUGUUUGGGCUGAAGAGAUGGAGGUCCAGAAGGAUCCAAGUCAGUUCCCAGCACCCAAAUAAGGCAGCUCACAGCUGCCUGUCACUCCAACUCUAGGGAGAUCUGAUGCUUUGAGCCCCUGGAAGUGUAAACACACACAUAUACACAUGAUAAAAAAAAACACUUUAAAAAAUAUUAAGAAACAUGUUUUACUUUGUGCUUUUGUUGGUUAGUGCAACUAUAUAGAUCUAUCACCAUUGAUGUCAAUAGUUCUUAUAAAACUAAAUUUAUACAGCAAAUAAUUUUAUGGGAAAAUUGAUGCUUGAGUGGAUUGAUUUCUAAGCACAACUAGAAGAUAUUUGCUAACUGAAAUUCCACAUUACGAUUCUGAGGUCUAGCUGGCCUUAGCUUUC